AUGGCCGCCCAACCGUCCCUCAUCCUUCCCGAGCCGUCUGUCCCAGCCCAACGGCUCUCGAUUCUGCAAGGUCCCGUCGACCCUCCGCUGGUCGACCUCACGCUCGGUGAACUUCUCGAGCUCCAGACGUACCAGAAUGGCAGCAAGGAGUGUCUCGUCAUCCCCUGGACGGGAGCCCGCUGGACCUACAAUGAGCUCAACCAGCAGAGCUACCUGCUGGCUCAGUCUCUGCUGGCCAUGGGCAUCGGCUCCGGGGACAGAGUGGGCAUUAUGGCGGGGAAUUGCGAGCAGUACGCUGCGGUGUUCUUUGCGGUGACGAGGAUUGGGGCCAUCUUGGUCAUUUUGAACAACACUUAUACGCCAACUGAGGCUAUGUAUGCGAUUAAGUUCUCUGAAUGCAAGGUCUUCUUUACGACACAAAAGAUUGGCCGGCUCGAUAACGGACCUCUCCUCGCCCAGCUUGAGAGCGAAGUGAAGCACCCCAAGAUCGUGAUCCUCCGAGGCCCCAGCGGGAAAUACCCUACCUACGACAAACUCAUCAAAUCCAGCCGAUCCCGAUCACAUGAGAAGCUCUUUGAGGUCACGAGGCGUGUCCUCCCUCACCAAGUCUGCAACCUCCAAUUCACAAGCGGCACCACAGGCCAUCCCAAGGCAGCCAUGCUUACCCACCAUAACCUCGUCAACAACUCCCGCUUCAUUGGUGACCGCAUGCGCCUCACCUCCGCCGAUGUCCUCUGCUGCCCACCCCCCCUCUUCCACUGCUUCGGCCUCGUGCUCGGCCUCCUAGCCGUCCUCACGCACGGCGGCAAGAUCGUCUACCCUGCCGAGAUCUUCGACCCCGUCGCCACAAUCAAGGCCAUCACCGAGGAGGGCUGCACGGCCCUCCACGGCGUGCCCUCCAUGUUCGACACGCUCUUCCAAAAACUGCCCGAGGGCUUCACCUGCAACACCCUCCGCACGGGCAUCGUAGCCGGAGCUCCGGUGCCGCGAUCCCUCAUGGAGAAGAUGGUCAACAUCUUCGGCAUGACGGAGUUUACAAGCAGCUACGGUCUCACCGAAGCGGCUCCAACGUGCUUCAACGCCUUCACGGACGAUCUUAUCGACCUGAGGCUCACGACGGUGGGGACGCUGAUGCCCCACGCUCACGCUAAGAUCGUCGAUCGCGAGGGCAACAUCGUACCCCUCGGCGAGAAGGGGGAACUGUGUAUCGCCGGCUACCAGCUCCAGGCGGGCUACUGGAAUAACUCGGAGAAGACCAACGAGGUCAUGAUCCGAGAUGCCUCCGGCCUUCUCUGGCUCCAUACGGGAGACGAGGCCGUCUUCGAUGAGAACGGCUACUGCUCCAUCACCGGCCGCUUCAAGGACAUCAUCAUCCGCGGCGGUGAGAACAUUUACCCUCUCGAGAUUGAGGAGCGUCUCAUCGCCCACCCUUCUAUCAGCCGCGCCAUCGUCGUUGCCCUCGCCGAUAAGCAUUACGGCGAGAUUGUCGGCGCUUUCCUCGAGCUCCGUCAGGAUUGCAUCUUCCCCGAGGACGAAGAGGUGAGGGAAUGGGUGCGCUCCAGGCUCGGUAGGCACAAGGUGCCAGCCAAGCUGUUUUGGCUUGGUAGGGACGGUGUGCCAGCCAUGGUGCCGCUAACUGGAAGCGGAAAGGUGAAGAAAUAUGAGAUGGCCCAAUUGGGAAAUAAGAUCCUGAGAGAGCAGGCGACACCCUCCAAGCUGUAA